GAAGUUAAAAUGAUCUAACAGAACAGCUGUUUCAGUUCAGUUUAGUUUCGUCGUGGGGAAAAGUGCACGCACAACUGUGUCAAUGACCUCUGAAAGGUGUUUAGACGACUCUUUCUGGAAUCAUGAUCUAUAUAAAUGCCAGCGAUGUGAGACUAUAAAUCAAAUUAUACAGGGUUUCGAAUUCAGUCCAAACUGCGGACUGAGCGAUAAUGGAGAUCCGCUUGCUAGAAUGUACAAAAAAUGCAGGAACGGAACGUUUAACGACGGAUCUUUCGUUAAAUGCCAAAGAUGUAACUCUUGCGCAUCGCCGCAGUUGACUGCAUCUAUCUGCACUGUCAAAUCUGAUGCCAUCUGCUGCAGAGAAGGGGAGCAGGUUUCACAUGGACGAUGCAUCGAACGACCAUUGCAGACCACCGUAAUAACAACUGAUAGUGGACCUUUUGCUACAACUGCCUCUGUGACUGAUCCAACCACAUCUGUUGUCAAUCCAUCUAUCUAUAAUACAAAUAUCAUAAGUGUGACAGGGAUCUACGUAUGUGCAGGGAUUUUAUCCACCCUCACUGUGGUAUGUCUGCUGCUACUUAUCAAGAGGUGGAGGACAAGACGUUUUAAUGAAGAACUUAAAAACUGCUGUAAUGGAGCAAUUCGGGGAAAAUUGCCCCAAAAGAACAUUACUGAAUCCGUCUCAUACAAUUUAAUCAAAGAGAGCAGUAAUAAUGACCACGGGACUGGAUCUUCAUAUAAUCUGUUAGCUCCUGAGGUCCAGGCUGCCCCUCUGAAAACAGUGCUUAACAACCUGGAUGUUCUUGAGGAGCUUGUGUUGGUGUUAGACCCUGACAUCUCUGGUGCUAAGAACACACGACACCUUGCUGCCCAGUGCUCCUUUUCCUUUGUCUGGAUCAACUAUGCUUAUUCCAUGAAGGACCACAAAAGCCCCCUCGUUGCCGUUUUGGAGGGUGUGGUCACCAAAAAUCCAGACUGGACUGUUGGUAAACUUGCUGGGCUGUUAAACAGUAUUGAUCGCAAUGAUGCAGUGGAGAUUUUAGCAAAGCUCCCUGUGACAGUGGUAAACUGAGUGCUGGGAUUGAAAACACACGCAACCCCAGCCCCCAGGAAGCAUUCCAACCUCUAAUGUUAUGAAAUGGGAAUCAUAUGUUUGGCUGGAGUCUGUGUUGUAAAAACAAAAAGUAUUUGUAAUUCAUCAUUUUUAGUUUUUACGUUUCACUUCAUUUGCAUAACACUACAUAUUAAUGUUCUGCAUUUAUUUACAUGUAUUUCUUCUAAUCCUGUUUUUACAAUGAUUUUUCAUUCAACUGAAUGUUUUUCAUUAAAAGACAUACUACAUA